AUGAAAGUCAAUAAUUCUAGUUCGUUGGUAUCGAGUAUUGAGUUAUCAAAAAGUCAAGGAAUUGCAUGGGUUGUGGUGUUUAGUUUUGAGGCUUUGGUGAUUAUAAUAGCUAACAGUGCUACGCUUGCCGUUUUUAUCACAAGCAAAUACAUCCGUAAGCGAAGCACCUACUGCCUGAUCAACUUAUCCAUCGCUGAUCUGCUGAUUGGAGGUGUACCAAUGCCGUUAUGGGUUUAUCUCAUUGGGUGUCAUCAUCGACUGUGGGCNAACAGCGCACGGAAUUUGGAAGUUCUCAUUUCCUUAUCCUCAUUUUUGUCGCUGUUUGUAUUGAAAAACAAAGCAUUAUCCACAUACAUCCCUAUGAUAGCCAUAUCUCUCUCAGUUGUCKUACUGUGCUUGGCCUAUUCCUCUAUCUGGAUGUCGUUUCGAAUGAACUCCUUUGAACGUAGAUCAUUAUCUAAUCGAGUUAUGAUGUUCGAUAGAAAACUUGCUAAGACACUGCUUAUUGUAACUGCGGCCUCCCUGAUCACCUGGCUACCAUUCGCCAUAGUCAGUAUGUCUGCAAGCUUUUACAACAUUAUGUUUGAUUUCCAUAUUGUCCUUGCUGUGAAAAUGCUCCAUUAUACCAACUCGUUGAUCAAUCCAGUCAUYUAUACUCUUAGAAUAACAGAGUUUAGACGUGCAAUGCUUUGUUUGUUUACAACGAGAGGAGAAUUGAUAUUACGCAGAGAAAAAACGAGUUUUCUGCAGAAACAAAGACAGAAAGACAGAAGUACAACCGCAGAAACGCGAUUGUAACAAUAAUGGAUCAAAGCGUUAAGAAUCGCAACAGAAAACUAUAGCUAUAACAAGAACAAAAUCUGCACUAAAAAAUGAAAAAUAAAAAUUCGCAGAAGAAAAGAGAGCUGACAAAGGGAUCUUCGUGACAAGACUUUCUUUCAUUUUUCAGUAAAGUUGUUUUUUUCAGAAAAGUGCUGUU